AUGCCUAAAAAAUUCGGUAUCAAUACUAAAAGUGAAGAAGCCCGUGAAAAGAAAAAGCAGGCGAAAACAGAAAAAAGACUGGCUGAAGAAGAGCGCAAAGAAAGCAUAAAAUGGGCCGACGAUGAUGCAUCUAGAAAAGCUAAAGAGGAAAGGAAAAGAGAAAAAGAAGAAAAAAAGCAGAAGGAGUUAGAAAGAAAGCAGGAAAACAGAAAACUAGCUGACGAAGAGCUAGAAACUUUAGAAGCAGCCAAAAGGAAAAAAGAGCCUCCUAACUCCCCCCCCCCCCCUCCGUGAGCGAACAAAAAAAUUUUGUUCGCUCACGGAGGGGGGGGUUAAUUUUUUUUUUUUAAAAAAAAAUUUAUAUAUAAAUUUUAUAAAAAAUAUUUUUUUCGAAAUUUAAAAAAAUCCUAAUUUGCAAAAAUUGGGAAGCAAAUAUUAAUUUAAUUUGCAAAAUUUUAUGUUUUAAAACGCAAUUUGUUUAAAAUUAAAACAGAAUUAGCUCUAGAUUUCAUUAUACUAAUUAUCACUUAUAUAUCAAAAUUUUUUUCCAUUAAAAUUUUUUCUAUUAAAAAAAUUUUUGUUCACUCACGGAGGGUGGGUUUUUGGUCAAAAAAUGGCGAUUUUUCUAAUGGUUUUGUUCGCUCACGGAGGGGGGGGGGAGUAAGAAAAUGACCCAAGCACAGAUCGCAGAAAUGCAGAGACAGUCACUUUUGGCAAGCUUAAGAUCCCAGGUGACAGAAGAACAAAAAGCUAUAGAAGAACAAAAAUUCGAAGAAGACAUAAACCCAAAUCACAUUAGAAGAGAAGAAAUCGAAAAACUCGCAGAAAGAGGAGUUGAUAGCUUAGACAUAAGAGAACUGGACGACGCCUUAAACGCACUUGACGACAAAGUUAUGAAACACCCUGAAAAGAAAGCUAAAAAGGCUUGGGAUGACUAUGUAGAAGCAAGACUACCUGACAUGAAAAAAGAGUACCCUACCUUGAAAAGGUCUCAGCUGUUAAAUAUACUGCAUAAGGAAUGGGAAAAAGCUCCAGAAAAUCCUUUCAAUCAGCGCCACGUAGACUAUAAUGUUAAAAUAAGCCAAACAUAG